AUGGACAAUCAGACCACAGUGACUUAUUUUGUCCUAUUGGGAUUUUCAUACAACCCACUAGUACAGAUUUUCCUCUUUUUGACAUUUUUAUUGAUGUAUGCAACAACCCUGCUGGGAAACACAGUGAUUAUGACAAUAAUAGUAAGCGACGAUCACCUCCGGAGCCCCAUGUACUUUUUCCUGAGUCACCUCUCUUUCCUUGAUAUUUUCUUCUCUUCGGUCACAGUGCCAAAGUUGCUAGUUAACUUCUAUUCAAGCCAGACAAUAUCAUACAGUGGCUGUAUUGCCCAGAUAUUCUUAACCCUUAUGUCAGGGUACAUUGAAGUUUAUAUUCUUGCAGCAAUGGCUUUUGACCGAUACACUGCCAUAUGCAAGCCCUUGCACUAUGUGCAAAUCAUGAACAGAGUGUUCUGCAGACGGCUGGUGGGAAGUGUAUGGGCCACUGGAUACAUAUAUGCUAUGGUGAAUUCAUUACCUAUAUUAAAAUUAACUUUCUGUGGUCAAAAUGUUAUCAGGCACUUCAGCUGUGAACACCCUUCCCUACUUGCUUUAUCCUGCACUGAAACAUUCCCAAUUGUGGUUACUUUCUUCAUUUCUUGUAUUAUAGUAUCAGGUUCCACGUUCCUUGUUAUUCUGUUCUCCUAUAUCCACAUCAUCUCUACUGUCCUGAAGAUGCAAUCAGCUGAAGCCAAAAAGAAAACUUUCUCCACUUGCAGCGCCCACCUUAUUGUUGUACUUCUUUUCUAUGGCACAGGCUUUUCUAGGUAUCUGAAGCCCACCUCUGGUUCCUCAGCAAUUCUAGAUGAACUUUUCACCAUCCAGUAUGCUAUUUCCACCCCUAUGCUGAACCCCAUCAUUUACAGCUUGAAAACUAGGGAAAUAAGAGAAGCCUUGAAAAAAAUAUUGGGGUACAAACAGUUGAUUUCCUGA